AUGGUUACUGAUUCAAACCUUCCGCUGCAAAGCGGCAACAACGCAAACAUCAAGGCCUCGAAGACCAUAGAAGAAACCUACCAAAAGAAGACCCAAUUAGAGCACAUCCUCCUCCGGCCGGACACAUACAUCGGUUCGAUCGAGCAACACGCCCAGAAGCUGUGGGUUUACGAGAACGAUGAAAUGAUCCAUCGCGAGAUCAAGUACGUGCCGGGACUUUACAAGAUCUUCGACGAGAUCUUAGUAAAUGCAGCCGACAACAAGCAGCGGGAUCCGACUAUGGAUUCUCUCAAAGUGGUGAUCGAUGCAGAGCAGAACUUGAUAUCCGUUUACAACAACGGAGAUGGGGUUCCGGUCGAGAUUCACCAGGAGGAGAAGGUUUAUGUGCCGGAGUUGAUCUUUGGGCAUUUGUUGACUAGCAGUAAUUACGACGAUAAUGUUAAGAAGACGACCGGUGGGAGAAAUGGUUACGGUGCGAAGCUUACUAAUAUAUUUUCAACGGAGUUUGUUAUCGAGACCGCUGAUGGAAAGCGGAAGAAGAAGUACAAGCAGGUAUUUAGAAACAAUAUGGGAAGCAAAACUGAGCCUUUUAUAACGAAAUGCAAGGAGGGUGAGAAUUGGACAAAGGUUACUUUUAAGCCCGACUUAGCCAAAUUUAAUAUGACUCACUUGGAGGAAGAUGUGGUUGCAUUGAUGAGGAAGAGGGUGUUUGAUUUAGCUGGCUGUCUUGGCAAGACUGUUAAGGUUGAGUUGAACGGGAAACGCAUUCCAGUGAAAUCAUUUCUCGAUUAUGUCAACCUUUACCUUAGCGCCGCCUCUAAAACUAGGACUGAAACUCUCCCAAGGAUUCCCGAGAAGGUUAAUGCUAGAUGGGAAGUUUGUGUGAGUAUUAGUGAAGGGCAGUUUCAGCAGGUCAGCUUUGUUAAUGGGAUAUCUACAAUCAAGGGUGGAACCCAUGUCGACUAUGUUACCAAUCAGAUAUCUAAUUAUGUAAUGAAUGCCAUAAAUAAGAAGAACAAGAAUGCUAACAUCAAAGCACAUAAUGUGAAAAACCAUCUGUGGGUUUUUGUCAAUGCUCUUAUUGACAAUCCUGCUUUUGAUUCUCAAACCAAGGAAACUUUGACACUUCGUCAGAGCAGCUUCGGCUCUAAAUGUGAACUUUCAGAAGAUUUUUUGAAGAAAGUUGCAAAGUCUGGAAUUGUGGAUAGUUUGCUCCAGUGGGCAGAAUUCAAGCAUAACAAAGAUCUUAAGAAGACCGAUGGAACCAAGUCAGGAAGUAUUCGUGGGAUUCCCAAGCUAGAUGAUGCUAAUGAUGCUGGAGGAAGGAAUUCUGAAAAAUGCACAUUGAUUUUGACUGAAGGGGAUUCAGCAAAAUCUCUUGCAUUGGCUGGGCUAUCUGUUGUAGGCCGAAACCACUAUGGCGUCUACCCCUUGAGAGGUAAACUUCUCAAUGUGAGGGAAGCCAGCCAUAAGCAGUUAAUGGAGAAUGCUGAAAUACAAAAUCUCAAGCGGAUUCUUGGACUCCAACAGAACAAAGAGUACACAGAUGUCAAAUCCUUGAGAUACGGGCAUUUGAUGAUAAUGACCGAUCAGGAUCAUGAUGGCUCCCAUAUUAAGGGUUUGCUGAUCAAUUUUAUUCAUUCCUUUUGGCCAUCAUUGUUAAAAGUAAAAUCAUUCAUGGUUGAGUUUAUAACUCCUAUUGUGAAGGCUUCUCGCAUGGUCAACAAAAAGAAGGAAGAGAUACCGUUUUAUUCCAUGCCGGAGUACCAAGCUUGGAAGGAAAGUUUGGGUGGUAAUACAAAGGGCUGGACCAUUAAGUACUAUAAGGGGUUGGGAACCAGCACAGCAGCUGAGGGGAAGGAUUACUUUAAAGAAAUUAAUAAGCACAAGAAAGAAUUUGUAUGGGAAGGUGAUCAGGAUGGGGAUUCGAUCGAGCUUGCAUUUAGUAAGAAGAAGAUAGAAGCAAGGAAGAAUUGGCUGCGACAUUUUGAGCCUGGCACGCACCUUGAUCACAAUGAGAAGCUCGUCAAUUAUAGUGACUUCAUUAACAAGGAACUUAUUCUGUUUUCCAUUGCUGAUCUUCAAAGAUCAAUUCCUUCUAUGGUUGAUGGCUUGAAGCCUGGUCAGAGGAAGAUCCUUUUCUGUGCCUUUAAAAGAAAUUUUGUAAAAGAGGCAAAGGUUUCUCAAUUUUCAGGUUAUGUUUCAGAGCAUUCUGCUUACCAUCAUGGUGAACAGAGUCUUAUGAGUACCAUUAUCGGAAUGGCUCAAGAUUUUGUGGGCAGCAACAAUAUAAACGUUCUUCGUCCAAAUGGUCAAUUUGGUACUCGUAACCAGGGUGGCAAAGAUGCUGCAAGUGCUAGGUACAUAUUUACUAGUCUUUCUCCAAUUACCCGAUAUCUAUUCCCCAAGGAAGAUGAUGGUCUGCUGGACUAUUUGAAUGAAGACGGUCAAUCAAUUGAGCCUUCCUGGUAUGUACCUAUUAUACCUAUGGUUCUCGUCAAUGGAAGUGAAGGAAUCGGGACGGGGUGGAGUUCUUUCAUUCCAAACUACAAUCCGAGAGACAUUGUAGCAAAUGUGAGGCGCCUGCUCAAUGAUGAACAAAUGGAGCCCAUGCAUCCAUGGUACAGAGGUUUCAAAGGGACAAUUGAGCAGACUGCAUCAAAGGAAUCUGGUGUCACCUACACCAUAACUGGAGAGAUAGAGGAGGUUAAUGAGACCACACUAAAAAUAAAGGAACUUCCAAUCCGUAGAUGGACUCAAGAUUAUAAGGAAUUCUUGGAAUCUGUCAUAACCUCAAAUGAUUCAUUCAUCAAGGAAUUCAAACAAUUCAGUGAUGAUAAAACCGUAGACUUUGAGAUCAUCAUGACCAUGGAGAACAUGAUGUUGGCCAAGCAAGACGGGUUGCUGAAGAAGUUUAAACUAACAACAAUGGUUAGCACGAGUAACAUGCACCUGUUCGAUUCAAGAGGGGUGAUUAAGAAAUACGACAACCCUGAGGAAAUCCUUGAGGAAUUUUUUCACUUGAGGUUGGAAUUUUACGUGAAACGCAGGAAACAUGUGUUGGACACUCUUGAACUGGAGUUGUUGAAAAUGGAUAACAAAGUUAGGUUCAUUCUUGAUGUUGUAAAGGGGGACAUCAUUGUGAACAAUAGGAAGAGAGCUGAUCUAUUCCUUGAGCUGAAAGAGAAAGGUUUUACUCCUUUUCCAAAGAAGAAGAAAGUGGUGGAAAUAGCCGUGGCUGGUGAUAUCGAUGGUGAGGAACCUGAGGACAACUUCGAGGCUAGCGCUGCAGCAAUCGAGAGUGAUUAUGACUAUUUGUUGUCGAUGGCAAUCGGUACCUUGACCCUGGAGAAGGUUCGUGAGCUUAUUGCGGAUAAAGAUAAACUCCAGCAUGAGGUUGAGUAUUGGAGGAAAUCAACCCCAAAGACAUUAUGGCUGAAUGACCUUGAUGAACUUGAGAAACAGCUAGAUGAGCAAGAUAAAGCUGAUCGGGAAGCUGAAGAACAGCAUGGUCAAGACCGAGCGAAGAAUGGAGCUGGCAAGAAGGCUGCCGGGAGACAAGCAACUAAAAACACCAGGAAGCCUACUAAGAAAGACCAAGCUGUUACAGAAACCUCAGAUUUUUCACUCAGUUCAAUGGAAACAGAAAAUGUUCCUGCUGCUGUUGUGAAACCCAAAGGCCGGGCUGGUGCAAAGAAGGCUACGAAGGCUGACAGCGAUGACGAUGACGGCGACUUCGAUAUUCCCGAUCUACGGGAGCGUCUAGCCAAGCACAACAUUGAUUCCUCUCCUGAUCAUUCUGCUAAUAUGGAAACUGAAGUGGCCCAAGAGCCUGCCGGAAAGAAAGAACCUAGCAAAAGGGCACCUGCUGGUAAGAAGAACCCUACCAUAUCUCUCACUGAGAUUUCAGAAAGUAUAGGCGAAAUCAACAUCAGCGAUGAAGACGUGGAAGUAGCAUCACCAGCCAAGAAAGGUGGUCGUAAACCGGCUUCAAAUUCCAAAGCCGGUAAGCCACCGGCCGCGGCUGCUAGAAAGAGAGGUCCGGCUGCUGCCAAGCAGCAACAACAAAAGCUUUUAACUCAAAUGCUGAAGCCUACUGCAUCGGUGACAGAAAGUUCAGGGAUAUCACCUGAGAAGAAAGUUAGGAAAAUGAGGGCGUCGCCUUUUAACAAGAAGAGCGGUUCGGUGUUGGGUAAGGCGAAAGGUUCUUCUUCGCUGCCUUCGAUGGAGGAAAUCGACAGUGAUGAAGAAGAUGAAGAAGUGGCGGUGGUUGUGGAACCGAGAGCCAGACCUCAAAGGGCUAACAGGACGAAGACAACGUAUAUUGUUAGCGAUUCAGAAACGGAGGAGGACAACGCUGCUGAGGAUUCGGAUUUUGAGGAGCAGUAACUAUGUACUUCGAUUGUUCUUCUGCGUAGCAUAUCACUCGUAUGUCGAACUUAUGAUUGUUAGUCGAUGUU